CUAUGGCGACCGAGGUGAUAGGCGAAGCUCGAAAUUUGAAGGCCCUCGACAUAAGAGACCAAUUUGGACGGAGCAGCCGACACCAACAUUUGUGUUGUUCGCUCUCUGCGGUCGAUUCUUGUGGAUCGGUCAGUCUUCUAGUUAGUUGUAGUUGUUAUCUCGCGGAUUCAACUGUAGUCUCUCUUAUUAUCCAAGCUGCAGAGAGGCACCGUCGGUUCCUGUCAGUAAUCUCAUGUGGUGAAGGUGGAAGCAGACAGAAUCCCCAGCGAGUUGAUCAGUCGAGUCGAGUUAAUUGUCGUGGCAUCUGGUUGAAACGGUGUUCGCAAUCAACUCAUCUUCCUGGCUUGGCCAAACAUCAACUCUUCUGUUAUUUGAGUCAACCAACUAGAUCAACAACCAACAAUGGGAAAACCUUCUCCUCGGGUGCCAAUACGUGGUGGUUCUGCAACACAUGUGGCUGUUUCCCGGAGAGAGCGCAUUGAGACACAUGACACUCAUUCAGAGGAACUCAAGCGAGAGGCUCGGCCUAAGGGGUUCUUGAAUGUAGGCAACACUUGCUAUGCCAAUGCUGCACUUCAGUGCUUGCUCAGUACUGCACUGGCAAGUGCACUUCUAGAUCCAAAGCGAGCUGCUGUAAUUCGGAGAUAUAGUUCCAACCCGAAUCUUCUGGCGAUGGGCAGCGGCUCUGUGGACUCGGAGGACCCUGAUGACUCGGAAUCAGAGCAGAAGCGCAAGAUGUCACGGCGUGAAAAGCGCCGGAAGGAACGCGAGGACCGCAAAAUGUACAAGACGUGUCAGUGGCUUACCAAAGAACUCAGAAUGAUCACAAAGGAUUAUGUAAGCAGCUCCUCCCCUCGCUCACCCUCACUGAGCAACCCUAGCAUGAGAGUAUUGGAGUGGUUAGGGUCCUCGGAUUCCAUGUCUGGACAUAACAUUGUCAACCCAGGAAGCAUCACCCGUCAUCCCGACCAGCUAUCCAAAUGCCUCCGGCCGUAUCGACAGGAAGAUGCUCAUGAGUUCCUCAGGGCACUCCUUAGUACGCUAGUGAUGAACGGACACAACAAACAGCUCUCUUGUCUAUUUGAUGGGCUAUUAGAGAGUGCUGUGACGUGCCAAACCUGUCGAAGACCAAGUCUGACCAGAGAUCGCUACAUGGACUUGAGUCUGGACAUUUAUGGGGACCACAUCUUGACUUUGGCUGAUGCUUUGAAUGAGUUCACCAAAACCGAAAUAUUGACCGGAGAGAACAAGGUCUUUUGUCAAAAGUGCGACUGUAAACGAACGGCUUCCAAAGGCCUUCGUCUCGCCACUGCUCCGUCCAUCUUGGUAUGUCACUUGAAGCGAUUUGCGUUUGAUGACUACGGAAACUUGCGGCGACUCCACAAGCGAGUAAAGUUUCCUCUGAGACUUGAAAUUGGAGACUACAUGUCCAAGGUAAACAAGUCCAAGCCUCCACCGUAUGAACUGGUUGGAGUACUUGUGCACCAAGGAAGCACCUGCGACUCUGGACACUAUUUGGCCUAUGUUAGAAUGAACGGUCAGUGGUUCAAGUGCAACGACAGCGAGGUCACCAAGGUCGACGUCAAGACUGUCCUCAAGCAACAGGCAUACAUUCUCAUGUACCAAGUCGAAGAGAUGCGCCGAGACCACGGGCUGCGACAACGGACACGCGAUUCAUCCUCUGUUGCUACGCGCGAAAGACAACGCUCUCGUCGACCCAGUGGAAGAUCCAAGCACCACCCUCAAAAGUCCAACAUCCUCUCACUCUUGUGUGGAGUCGAUGUCUUGGAGGAACACUCGUUUCUCAGUGAGCUUUGUUGUCGCACUGCAGGAGCGGGUGAUGCAUCCGUUUCACCAAUUGGAACCGGAUUUCAUGACUCUAUGGGUGUGGAGCUGGUUGCGACGCUGCGUGACGAUGCCACUGUGGCCUCUACUGUGUGCGAUUCCACUGUAGAGUCUGCAGGGAGUAGCUUACAUCAAGGACCGGCAUUUCGAAAGAGCGCCUCAUCCAGCAACCUUCGCGAAAUCCACGACGAAGCUUCGUCUUCCUAUAUGACCAACAAUGAGAAGGUCAAGCCCCCGCGGAUACGACAGCGAUGUUGCACGACAAGCAACAGCGACGACGAAUCCAACCACCCUCACCGUACGUUCACCAGCACUUAUAGCGACCCUGGUGCUGACGAUCAUUCACCCGAGUAUAAGAGUCUCGGGGAAGCGAAGUGGAGUGCCGAGCGCAUUUCUAGACACAACUGGAAGUAUCGAGAUCUGCCACCGUUGCCAAGCGAUCCUUACGGCAAACGACAUCGACGGUCCUCUUCCGUUCAUCCAACCUCCCCCGUCUAUGCUGCUGACAAAUCUGCGCGAUGGUAAUAGACUAUGUCCCAAUAUAAAGCCCAAUACUACUAUAACUCUAGAGAAGCUUGUGUCUUGUUUCUUCGUAGCACUAUUAUUCAUUCAA